AUGCGCGGCGCCAAGGUGACGCCAGGCCCGUGCCGCGCCUCGGUGCUGCGUUCGCACUACAGCAUCAAGCACCACCGCGGCCUAGCUGUCGUUAGCCUUCUUCUCUCUGCGUCCCUCGUCGCCAUGCCCUUUCAAGCCUACAUCUCGGAAACACUGCCUUGGACAACGGCGCUGCCCGCGUCUCCUGACUUUAAUAACCUCACGAUUUUCAACCAAACGGCUCUUGCAACGCACCAAGCGCUCUACUCGCACGCGACGCUUCCUCACGGCGCGACGUACGUCUUCGACAUCGCGCGCAACGCCCACGUGUGUCGGCACGUCUUGUCAAGUAGUAGCCGCAGCCCCUUGAGCCUUCCGGGGGUCCUUUUCUACGGCCGCGCGAUGGUCGACCUGUUGCAGUCGUUCGCCAACGACUCGGCCAGUGGUGCAUGGCAUCAGCGGGGCACGUGUACGCUGGUGCGGUUCAUCACGGUGCCACUAUCGCACCAAUGCAUCUGGCUCUCGAGAGACAAUCCUCUCGAUAGCGCCGAGUAUACGUUGACGUAUGUGCUGACGCAAUACCCGUACCCGGCGCUCAUCUGGUUCAAGUUUUUCUGGCGCAUUGGCUCGACGGUGCUGCUGCUCACGUUGCUCUGGCGACGUUAUUUUGGCCCGCUCAUGGGCUUGGCGCACACCCUUGCUGUGCGUGGCCACCGCAACGACUUGAUACCGGAGCAUACGUGGCGCUACGAGCUGAUUGCGGGCGACCCAACCGCCCCGUUGCUCGUCGACCCGUUUGUGGUGGGCGCCUUUUUUGUUGAUUUUACGCUCAGUCCGCACAUGGUGGCCGUCGCCGUGCUCCGAUUGCUUCAAGUAAGAGACGUUGGCGCGUUGUGCAAGGCUGUCCUCUAUCUCUUCCGCAUGAUUUGGUUUGCCUGCUUUUCGCUUGUCGCGGUCAACAAGCUGCUCAAGCGCUGUCGACUCGAGUACGUCUUUACCGAAGUGGACCCGAUGUGGCUCGGCCUCGCGGUGCUGGUGCUUGGUCCGCUUUUGUGGGUCAUCAAUGUGGCCGUGCCGAGCUUCUUAAAUGCCUAUCGCUACCUUCUUGUGUGCGUCUAUACGACCAACGACCUUGUUCAAAUUGAAGUCGCGGGCGCAGGCGCGGUCUAUAUUCUGAUCAUUGCCGUGAUUCCGCUCUGCUUUGGCCUGCGUCCAACUCCAUUCUGUCGACGCCGACGCGCGCGGCGUGUGCGCUACAGCAGUUUUUUGUACAACUCGACAAAAAAUCGCAUUCUGUUUUCGCUCGUGCCGGCGCUGCGCGGAGACGACAACAAAAACUUGGGUGGCUCCAUCUACCUGCUCUUUCGACGCUGCGCCCGCGCCAAGGCCCUUCCAGUCGUCAACACGCGGGGGCCGACUGCUACCUUCUCUGCUACUGCAACAACCAACGACCGUAUUGUCGAGAUUGUGCCAGGUGCGAGUGCCUACUGCUUCAACCACCUUGUGAUCCCCGACCACAACGCGGCAGUCGAUCAAAAGACAUUUCGACCGCAGCUUCUGUGUCCUCUUCACGCGUCGCCCUGGUGCAUGUGA